AUGAAUGAAAAUAAGAGGAUAGCGCUAUUAGAAAAAAAAAAUGAAGAAAUUUCGACUGUAUUGAAUAAAAAUAUUCUAUUUAAAGAAUGUAGUAAUACUAACGAUUUAAAAGAUACCUUUGUAAAUAUAAAAACAGACUAUAGUUUAGAAAGUGAAAAAGAAAAAAGUAAUAUUUCUUUAUUUAAUAUUUUUAAAAAAAAAUUAAGAGAAGAAAGAUAUUUUAGUAGAUUUUUAAUCGUAUUUAAAAUAUCAAAUGAUAUAAAACAAAAAAAAUAUAUUAGUGAAACAUUAAAUUUUAUGCUUAAAGAGAAAUAUAAAUUAAUUACAGGAAUUAGUCUUUUUGUAAAUAUAUAUUCUAUUAUGUUAUUAGAAUGUACUGAUUCUAAAUAUAUAUUUUCUUUUUUAAAAAAUUUAAGUAGUGUAAAAUUUAUCAAUGAUGUUGAAAUUUUAUAUUUUAGUGAAUUAAAUAAACAAAAUAUAAAUGAUGAUUUUUAUUUUUACGAGUACAAUAAAGAAGAACCAAAAUAUGUUAAUUCAAACGAAUGUAAUUAUGUCGACGAAGUAUGGGAUCUUUAUAUAAAUAUUUUAAAUUUAUGUUUUUUUGUAAAGAAUAAUAAAGAUAAGGAAAAUAUUUUUGAUCAAAAUGAAAAUAUCAAAAAAAAUUUCUCCUUACUUGAAAAUUUUUAUCAUGAAAAUGCAAAAGAAUAUAUAUGGAAUUUAAAUGAGUUCAUUUCUUUUUUUGUUGAAGAUUUUAAAUUACCAGUUGAUGAUUUUUCGGAUGACUUUCUAGAUUUUUAA